UCUUGUCUAAGUGUCCAAUCACAUUAUAAAACAAAGUACCGAUCUCGGCAGCGCAGCAUCCUCUGAAGUAACAGGAGUCAUAGGUGAACCUUCUGGGAGAGUCUCUCAUUUUUCUGCUCCUUUGAUUUCCACAGAACUUUACACCUCUCCCUCUGAGACCGAGAAGGGCAAGAUGGUUUUGGAAAUGCUGAACCCGAUGCAUUAUAACAUCACCAGCAUGGUGCCGGAAGCCAUGCCUGCAGCCACCGUGCCGAUCCUGCUGCUCGCUUGCCUUCUGUUCUUGAUCUGGAAUUACGGGGACACCUCCUCAAUACCAGGUCCCGGCUAUUGCAUGGGAAUCGGACCCCUCAUUUCACACGGCAGGUUCCUGUGGAUGGGCAUCGGCAGUGCCUGCAACUACUACAACAAGAUGUACGGCGAGUUCAUGAGAGUCUGGAUCAGCGGGGAGGAGACCCUCAUCAUUAGCAAGUCCUCAAGUAUGUACCAUAUAAUGAAGCACAGCCACUAUAUCUCCCGCUUCGGCAGCAAACUUGGGUUGCAGUGCAUCGGUAUGCAUGAAAAUGGUAUCAUAUUUAAUAACAAUCCUGCCGUCUGGAAAGUGAUUCGACCUUUCUUUACAAAAGCUUUGUCGGGCCGUGGCCUUGUUCGGAUGGUGGCCAUUUGUGUGGAAUCCGUCGUAACGCACCUGGACAGGUUGGAAGAGGUCACCAACACGUCGGGCUAUGUUGACGUGCUGAUGCUUAUGCGGCGCGUCAUGCUGGACACCUCUAACAUGCUCUUCCUCGGGAUUCCUUUGGACGAAAAUGCCAUCGUGGGUAAAAUCCAGGGUUAUUUUGAUGCAUGGCAAGCUCUCCUUAUCAAACCAGACAUCUUCUUUAAGAUUUCUUGGCUAUACAAAAAAUACGAAAAGUCCGUCAAGGACUUGAAAGAUGUCAUAGACAUUUUAGUAGAAGAAAAAAGACACAGAAUUUCCAAAGCAGAGAAACUUGAAGAUUGUAUGGAUUUUGCCACUGAAUUGAUUUUUGCUGAGAAACGCGGUGAUCUAACCAGAGAGAAUGUGAACCAGUCUAUACUGGAAAUGCUGAUUGCUGCACCUGAUACCAUGUCUGUCUCUGUGUACUUCAUGCUGCUUCUCAUUACAAAACACCCUACAGUUGAAGAGGCAAUAAUGAAGGAAAUCCAGACUGUUGUUGGUGAGAGAGACGUAAAGAUUGAUGAUGUGCCAAAAUUAAAAGUGACAGAAAGUUUCAUUUAUGAGAGCAUGCGGUACCAGCCUGUCGUGGACUUGGUCAUGCGCAAAGCUUUACAAGAUGAUGUGAUUGAUGGCUACCCAGUGAAAAAGGGGACUAACAUUAUUCUGAACCUUGGAAGAAUGCAUAGACUCGAGUUCUUCCCCAAGCCCAAUGAAUUUAGUCUUGAAAAUUUUGCAAAGAACGUUCCUUACAGGUAUUUUCAGCCAUUUGGUUUUGGACCCCGUGCCUGUGCAGGAAAGUACAUCGCCAUGGUGAUGAUGAAAGUCAUCCUGGUUACACUUCUGAGACGAUUCCACGUGCGGGCAUUGCAAGGAAGGUGUGUCGAAAACGUGCAGAAAGUACAUGACCUGUCCUUGCACCCAGACGAGACUAGCAACUUCCUGGAGAUGAUUUUUGUCCCAAGAAAUUCAGACAAGUACCUCGGUAACUAAAGAAGGUUGCUCAGUACCUACUGGGGAGCGUUCCUCAUCAAUAGUUCUCAUAGAAACCCUCCAUCCUUGCCAGAUCGUAUCAUCCUCGCAGUGAACAUUCGGUGGCCUGUGGCAUGCUAUCAACAUGCCUUGUAUAGGUUGUCAGCAAGAUGGGAGCUCUCAAGUCACCCAAUUCUGUCCAAACCAGAGAACCAGGAUGUAAGAAGAAAGACAAAGGUCAAAGUUUAUAGAGGAAAUGAUCUGAGAAGACACUGAAGCCCUAAAGACCCAAUUCCACAAAGCACAAUUUGGAAAGGAUGGGCCAGCAGCAAACCUGUCUGGUUUCCCUCUGUAUCCUUGCUGCCCUGCCCUGACAACAUUUAAAUGUCCAGGGUAGAAGAACUUGCAUUGAUUAGAAAAGUCACAUCAGCAUCUGGGCACCUGGGGUCAAACACACCUGCUAGUGUGGCUAAAGGUGCUUAUUUUGUUUUUCAGUAGGAGUGGGACAGCAACAUUCAAGUAUUUACAAAUUCAGCAUUGAGUUGUCCUAUGAAUUAUGCCAGUUAGCUCCUAUUUAUCCACAUAUGAGCAGAGAAUGUCCCUUCCCUUCUCAAUUCAUCCCUUAGCUACUUACCUCUGCUCUGCUAGGUAUAGAUUCAGGUAAUACAAGCUAACUUAUUCAUAGUAAUAGCCUGAGUGAAGGAUAGUUAGGUUCCUAUAUCUGCUAUAGGGUAAAAAAAAUACGAUGCAUUUCAAAUUCAAAUUAAAAAAAUCCUUUUGGCAUGAUUGCAUUGUUGCUUAGCUCUAUUAGUGUGGGUAAGCAAGAGAUAUCUUUAAUGGGUGGCAUCUAUGAGCUCUCACACCACCUUAGUGACUUGAGGGAGAGACAGUCCUCUAACUCUGUUCUACAACUCAAUGGGUUCAAAUGAUAGAGUGCUCCUCUCAUCCCAUCAUCCUUCUUGCUCAACAUUUUCUUCCUCUCUUCCUUUCCAUGACCCCAAAGGCCAAGAGCAAUGAUCAGAUAAGAACAUGGUCAGGGUAGAGCCCCUGCAAUCAUUUUUUUAUCCUACCUCAGAUUUGUUACCUUCAAAAUUUAACAAUAACCUAGUUCAUUGAAUCAUUGUAUAUAGCCGUUGGUAUAAUGCUUGUCUUGGAAUUAGCUCUCUAGAGGGAAUCAAAUAAAUGGAUUGAUUUUCCAAACACCA